CUGUUUUCGAGCCGAACGACGGUCGGCAAUCGCACCUAUUUCUUCAACGUGAAAGAGAACCGGACGGGCGACGUCUUCCUCAACGUGGUGGAGAGCAAGAAGCGCGGGGGCGAGACCGAUUUCGAACGCCAUUCGAUCAUCAUCUUCGAAGAGGACAUGGCCGGAUUCCUGGCCAGCUUCGACAAGGCGAUUGCUUUCAUUCGCGCCCGCGAGCAGACCCGCCGGGGCUGA